CCAUCAAGACCAUCAAAGUGACCACAUCUGACAGAUCAACUGGAAAACAGACAAAAAAAAGACGACCAUGUACAGCCAGCCUGCAUUAAAUCAUGUGAGGGAAGCAGACCUCAGGAUUGUACUUGUUGGGAAAACUGGAAUUGGGAAGAGUGCAGCAGGAAACACCAUCUUAGGAAAAGAUGCUUUUAAAUCUGAGCUGUCUUCUUCCUCAGUGACAGAAGUUUGUGAGAAAAAGAAAGGAGAGUUUGGUGGUCUUACACUGGAUGUAAUUGAUACUCCAGGAUUGGGCGACACAAAAAAAUCUGAAGAGGAGGUGAGGAAAGCGAUCGCUCGAUGCAUGUCCUUUGCUGCUCCUGGACCUCAUGUUUUUCUGGUUGUGCUUCAGCCAACAAGAUUCACAAGUGAAGAACAAAAAUCAGUGAAAAUCAUUCAGGCAAUGUUUGGAAAAGAGGCAGCACGUUACACCAUGGCCUUGUUUACUCAUGGAGAUGAACUGAAGAAAAGAAGUGCCUCCAUAGAAAAAUUAAUUAAUGGUAAUCCAGAUCUGCGUCGUUUUAUCAGUCAGUGUCACAGAAAAUAUCAUGUUUUUGACAACGAUGACAAGGAUCCCUCUCAGGUCAGAGAGCUGCUGCAGAAGAUCAACACAAUGGUUCAAAGAAAUGGAGGAGGCUACUACACCAACGAAAUGUUCCAAGAGGCUGAGAGAGCCAUAAAAAAAAAGCUUGAAGAACUUCUGAGAAAAGAUCCAAACAUGGACCCUAAAGAAGCAAGAAAACAGGCAGAGGAAGACAACUCCUUUGUUCAGGCUGUUUUAAAGGGUGCUGCUAUUGGAACUGCUGUUGGAGGUGUGUGUUUAGCCGCUGCUGGAGCUGCUGCUGCUGGAGCUGCUGCUGCUGGAGCUGCUGUUGGAGCAGCUGUUGGAGCUGCUGCUGGAGCUGGUGUUGGAGCAGCUGUUGGAGCUGCUGCUGGAGCUGGUGUUGGAGCUGGUGUUGGAGCUGCAUAUGCCGGGGUUCCAACACAAGAUAUAUAUUUCAGAGUGAAAGAUGCAGCAGGAUGCAUCAUACAGUGAUACACAAGUGUUCAGUUAGCUGCAGCCCAUUCCAGUCAUAUGGAAAUUUUAGAAUAACACAGUGUUGUAUAUUUUGAUGACAUCUUGUUUAGCUUUUCUGGUCUGUCGACUGUAUCAUCUUUAAAAUCAGGUUGAUUUCUAAUAGUUUUACAGAUUAUCAUCUUAUUUCAUUAAUUAUAAAUGAGAUUGAAGGGAUACUUUUGAUUUAAUUUUUUUAAAUCUACAACCAUUAAAAUAUACUUUUGUUGUAUGUCAGCAGAAGACAGUGGGGACACUGCAUUUAUCUGAAUUAUGUACCAGUAUUCAAAAGCAAGAAAUCAUUGAUAACAAUUAUUUUUUUUAGGUUUUCCUCUUCUUGUUGCCAAAUGACAAUCUGUAUCAGGACCUUUGUUACACAACAUUAUUAAAAGCAUCAACAUGCAGGCUGUGUUCUGUAUCACUUUGUGUUUUUUCUCUUUCCUUUUUCUGUCACUUCACUACACAGGGUAAUGGGUGAGACGACGUUAUUUGUUGUUUCUAAUAUCAUUCAGACCCUCACAUACAUGCCUUGUUUGUUCCACUGAUGGGCUCAAAGCAAACAGGAUGCUGCAGACCAAUGUUUUGUCCAAAUGUGUCACUUUGUCUUA